CAGUGCAAAACGCUCGCUCACCCUCACUGAUGGUGUGCAGAACAAGGGGGACAUAAAAAAAAAAAAACCUUCCGAAACUUAAAACAUCCACAUCCUUUUCUUAAACAAACAAAAAAAACCACAACUAAAAAUUCAUCAUGAGCUACGACUCCUACUCCUCCUACCGCCGCCCCUGGGACAGCUACAGAAGCGCCCGAACCACCAAGUCCUCCACGUCCUCCUCCUUCUACUCCUCCAGAGCUCCUCCGUCCGGGAAGAGGACCGGGAGGCUGGGCUCCGCUUCCCAGCCAGAUGUGUCAGAGAGGAUGAACCGGGCUCAGGCCAGCUCGCUCAACACAGAGCUGCUGGGCCUGCGCUCCAAGGAGAGGGAGCAGCUGGGGGACCUGAACGACCGCUUCGCCACCUACAUCGAGAAGGUGAGGCACCUGGAGCAGCAGAACCGGGCCCUGCUGGCCGAGCUGGACGGGCUGAGGAGGUGUCAGAACGACCCGUCCCGUCUGCAGGCGCUCUACGAUGGGGAGGUGCGGAGUUUGAGGACCACGAUAGACUCGGAGAACGGGGAGAAGAUGCAGAUGGAGGCGGAGAGGCACUACCUGCAUGACGUGUAUGAGCAGAUGAAGGAGCGCUUUGAGGAGGAGGCGAGGCGGCGUAUGGAUGCUGAGGAGGCCCUGCAUGCGGCCAAAGAGGAGGCGAGCAGGGCCAUGCUCGCCAACUGUGACACCGAGGCCACCGUGGUGUCUCUGUGUGAUGAGAUGGUGUUCCUGAAGAAGGUCUAUGCAGAGGAGCAGGCAGAGCUGCAGGCCCAGCUGCAGAUGGCUAACAUCAGGGUGGAUGUGGAGGUGUCCCGACCUGACCUGUCCACCGCCCUGCGGGACAUCCGGACGCAGUACGAGCGGCUGGCGAACAAGAACAUGCAGGCCGCCGAGGACUGGUACAAGAGCAAGUUUGCGAGCGUGGCAGAGAUGGCCAGCAAGAACAACGAGGCCGUGCACGCCAUCCGGGAGGAGACCAUGGAGUACCGGAGACUCCUCCAGACCCGCUCCUCGGAGAUAGAGUCGCUCCGGAACGUCAUCGAAUCCUUAAAUAAGCAGAUGGAGGAGCUGGAGGAGACGCAGGCCAACGAGGUGUCCAAGUACCAGGUGAGGAUAAGUGAGCUGGAGCAGGACAUCACCGAGGCCAAGCAGGAGAUGGGGCGCUACCUGAGGGACUAUCAGGACCUGCUCAACGUGAAGAUGGCGCUGGACAUCGAAAUAGCAGCGUACAGGAAACUUCUGGAGGGGGAAGAGAUUCGCCUGGCCUACCCCUCCCACCACGCCCUAAACUAA